CGGUUCAUGGCCAGGGGUACGGGCGGAUCCAACUCCAACGACCUGCGGAAAUUCGUUCCGUUCGGACGCCGAAGGAGACUCCUGGCCAUCGCCCGGGACUUCAGGGAGGCGGCUCUCUCCUACGUCCUCGCCAGAAACUGGCGUAAAGCGGCGCCGGCAUACAACAAUCAAGCUGUCUACGCUCUCAAGGGAGGUUCGCCACUAGAUUGUUUGGAUGCCGCUUCUGCUCUCCUCAACUCUGGGAGAUGCUACACAAAGAUCUCACACAAAGAUGAGGGGGACGUAGCGGCUGCUAAGCUUGCACUGCUGAAAGCUUUUGCAUUGUUCGUCAAGGAGGGCGAGUUGCCAUCGGCUUACACCUGCUGCGUGGAGCUGGCUGAGUUCUGCGUGGAGCAGGAAGAGUGGCAAAAUGCCUUGUAUUUAUUUGACAAGGCCAAAUACUAUUAUGGCAGCAGUACCCCUACAAUUGGUAACCUGCACUACGCCCGCUACUGCUAUGUUAGAGCUCUUCUGAUCAAGCCCAUCCUUCUCAUUCAAGCUGGCACACCCUCCGGUGCAGCCAACUAAAGCUCAAGCGGAGCUUGACUGCGCAUGCGUGGCCCUUGUAUUAUCCUACUGUACUAUACAGAUAUACUCGUUUGUACUCUGUCGGUUUCUUUUGUUAAUGAGAAGCUAUUAAUGUAUUUCACCACUCCAUCGAGUGGACAUU